AUGGAGCAAGCAUGCAAACCAACACAAAGAGUGGGAGUGCUUUUGAAGGUCAAGGUUGGACUAAAGAUUUCCUCUAAAGGCUAUGUCGGUGGUCGAGGACUGGCUUUCUGGUAUACGAAAGAAAGAGCCAAUGAAGGGUGUGACAGCUAUGCCUGUACGUCGUUCAUGGGAGGCCGAGAUGGGUUUUCAGGUGUAGCGGUUGUUCUAGAUACAACAGAUCCAGCAUCAAACCGAAUGAUGCCGCUAAUAUACGCUGUCGAGAACGAUGGGCAUCCUAGAGGGGGUUUGUCGAUAUAUCCUACUCUCGCGCGUUCUCAGUGCUUUUUUGAUUAUCAUAACCGCCCAGUUCCCUUUCUUCUGAGAAUCCAGCAUGUCAAUAGGUCUCUCAUCGUAGAUUACGAUUUGAGUCAUCUUCCAGGCACUCAUUUCAACCAUUGCAUGACUAUCCGAGAUAUUGAUUUACCAACCAACUACUUCUUCGGCAUCUCCGCAAUGACAUCUGAAAUUUAUGCUGAUGAUAUGGACGUUACACUUGUAGAAGUGUCAGAGUUGAAUGCACAGCCUUCAAAACAGCAUCCUCUUAGGCCUCAUGAACUUGAAAAGCAAGAGCAGGGAGAAGGAUUGAAUGUUACAGAAUCACAAGAGUGGAUUGAAGAGGCAGAGAGACUCGCCUCUGAAGUCGAAGGAGAACAAAAUCCAGAUGGUGCAUAUGGAGAAGCUUACAACGUCAUGUUGACUCCUGAAUACUUGGAGACUCUUCGAGAGACGCAGUACAAAAUUUUAGAAUCGCUAGAUCACCUGCAUGCUUCAAACUUUGGUGGUAGUACUAGUAAUUCGGACUCUCAACCUGCAGGCAAUGAAAAUUUGCAUCAAGUUGUGGGAAUGAUUCAGCAUAUUUCGUCGAAAGUCGAUGCCUUGUCCAAAGCUGCUUCACAGGUGGAACUGCUAGUACAGAAAGCCAACGGGCUUGAACAAACAGUCAAACAACUACAGGCUACCAUAAAUACCAAUCAUGACAAAUCUGCCGCCAAAUUUGAUUCCCUCGAAUCCAAAGUCAAUGAACUAAAAGUACAAGCUGCCAAUGAACCAGUACUGAACAAGCCUCAAGCAUCACAUCCAUCAGCACCAGACCAGACAGUGACUCAUACAUAUAUGAUCAUUUUGAUUUUCUUGGCGACACUGGGGGUGCUACUGGGACUCUAUGCCGUCUGGGCCAGCCGAAAACAAUCUUCUCAAGCAAAAAAGUUUAUAUAG